AUGGCAGGAGAUGAUUCAAGCAAAAAGAGGUUAAUCAUAAUUGGCGUCUCUUCAUUCUUCCUGGUAAUUAUGUUGAUUGCUGUCACCUUUAGCCUCAACAUCAAAGAAUCCAACGAAGAUGGCAAAAGGAGCGGUGAGAUAUCUUCCUCCAUGAAAGCCAUCCAAACUCUUUGCGAACCAGCAGAUUACAAAGAAACAUGCGAGAAAAGCUUAGAAGAAUCGGCGGGAAACGCUACAGACCCCAGAGAACUUAUUCAGAUAGCAUUUAUGGUUGCACAGAAACAGAUUGAAGAAGCUGCCAAGAAAUCUGCUACCUUGCAAGAACUCGAAAAGGAUCCAAGAGCCGAAGAUGCUCUUAGUUGCUGCAGAGAACUCAUGAACAUGUCUUUUAGCGAGCUCGAGGCCUCUAUUGAGAAAUUUGCCGAGUUCGAAAUUAGCCAGUUGGAUGAUCUAAUGGCAGAUUUGAGGACUUGGCUUAGCGCUUCCAUAACUUACCAAGAGACUUGCCUUUACGGGUUCGAAAACACAACAUCCGACGCAGGAGAGAAAAUGAAGGAGGCAUUAAAAACAUCUAUGGAGAUGAGCACCAAUAGUCUUGACAUUCUCGAUGGUUUCUCGAGUGAGCUCACAGAGACGCAACUUCCAGGCAUCAGCCGUCGCCUUCUGCAGGAAUCUCGCCAUGAAGAUGAAUCCUCAGAAUUCCCUAGCUGGGUCAAUCCCGGAACUCGCAGACUCCUUAGCGAGCCUGUUUCCAAAAUUAAGCCCGAUCUUGUUGUUGCUAAGGACAGUAGUGGAGAUUUCAAAACUAUCCGUGCUGCAUUGCGAAGUAUCCCCAAGAGGGGAAGUAAUGCGACCUUUGUGCUGUACAUCAAGAAGGGAAUUUACAGAGAGUACGUUGAGUUCAAUAAGACCUUGGACAAUUUAAUGGUGAUCGGAGAUGGCUCUGAUAAGACUAUCAUCACUGGAAAUAAGAACUUCGUCGACGGAAUCAACACCUACCACACCGCAACAGUUGUUGUUCUUGGAGACAACUUUGUGGCCAGGAAUAUUGGUUUUGAGAACAGCGCUGGUGCCAUUAAACAUCAGGCUGUGGCAUUGAGGGUUUCUGCUGAUUUCGCUGUCUUCUAUAACUGCACAAUGGAUGGAUACCAGGAUACACUUUACGCGCACGCCAAACGCCAGUUCUAUCGUGAGUGUUCCAUCUCAGGCACCAUUGAUUUCAUCUUCGGUGAUGCACCAGUGGUUUUCCAGAACUGCCAAUUCUUGAUCCGCAGGCCCUUGAAAAACCAGCGGUGCAUCGUCACUGCACAAGGCAGGAAGCAAAGGCGACAACCAUCUGCUAUUAUCAUCCAAAACAGCACCAUCACUGCUCACCCUGAUAUGCUCCCUGUAAAGGACCAGUUCAAGUCAUUUCUUGGCCGUCCAUGGAAGGAGUUCUCAAGAACCAUCAUCAUGGAAUCCUUCAUUGAUGAUUUGAUCCAGCCAGAAGGAUGGUUGCCAUGGAAGGGAGAUUUUGGACUCAAGACAUGUUGGUACACAGAAUUCGACAACUACGGCCCUGGUUCUAACUUGACAGCUCGUGUGAAAUGGAGUGGAAUCAAGACCAUUUCUCGUCAACGCGCCAUGUAUUUCACACCAGGGAGGUUCCUCAGAGCAGAUAGAUGGAUCAAGCCCACAGGAGUCCCAUAUGCACCAUACUUUACAAGACGAUCAACUUAA